CCGCUCGCCUCUCGCGGCCCGUCAUGCUCUGCGCCACUGGCCGCCUCCUAGCGGCCGGGGAGGCCACCGCACUCCCCGCCCAACACAGAGGCCGGGGCCCCGCGCCCCGCUGCCGGUGUAGGGAACUACAUUUCCCAGGGCACCCCGAGCUGCCCCUUUGUGUCUUCUUGGCAGGGCGGCUCGCAAGACUUGGCGUGCCUACGGGCCGAAGAGCGAGCCUGAGGAGGGGAAGGAUGCUGCAGGCGGUGGGCGUAGGCCUGGCAGGGUCCGAGCUGCGUCCCCGGAGGGGCCGCUGUGGAUCCCAGGCUGCUAGGGCCGUGAGCCCGGACGUAGCCGCCGAGGCUGCAGCGCGGAGCCCCAAACGGCCUGCGUGGGGCUCGCGGCAAUUCGAGGCGGCCGGCCGGUGGGCCGUGCUGGCCCUGGUGACGCUGCUGUCCUUCGCCACCCGCUUCCACCGUCUGGACGAGCCGCAACACGUCUGUUGGGAUGAGACCCACUUUGGAAAAAUGGGAAGUUACUACAUCAACCGCACCUUUUUUUUUGAUGUGCACCCGCCUCUGGGAAAGAUGCUGAUAGGUCUUGCUGGCUACCUGAGUGGAUAUGAUGGUACCUUUUUGUUCCAGAAGCCUGGGGAUAAAUAUGAGCAUCACAACUACAUGGGAAUGAGAGGAUUCUGUGCUUUCCUCGGUUCCUUGAUGAUCCCCUUUGCCUACCUCACUGUACUGGAGCUUUCCAGGUCCCUCCCAGCAGCACUGCUCGCUGCUGCUCUUCUCACCUUUGACACAGGAUGCCUCACUCUGUCCCAGUACAUCCUCCUCGACCCCAUCUUGCUGUUCUUCAUCAUGGCUGCCAUGCUGAGCAUGGUCAAGUACAACUCCUGUGCUGACAGGCCCUUCUCUGCCCCCUGGUGGUUCUGGCUCAGCCUGACUGGCAUUAAUCUGGCUGGUGCUUUAGGAGUCAAGUUUGUUGGCCUCUUUAUCAUCCUGCAAGUGGGGUGGAACACCAUUUCAGACCUUUGGCACCUGUUUGGAGACCUCAGUCUUUCGUUGGUGACUAUGGGAAAACACCUGACUGCUCGCAUCCUGUGCCUCAUAGUGCUGCCGCUGGCUCUCUACACGGCCACUUACGCCAUUCACUUCAUGCUGCUGAAUAAAAGUGGUCCUGGCGAUGGCUUCUUCAGUUCUGCCUUUCAGGCCCGGCUUUCAGGAAACAACCUUCAUAAUGCUUCCAUCCCUGAACGUGAGUAUCUCCUGGCCUUGACGAAUGUAGAAGGGCAAAAGGGUUUCCUGGGAGUUGAAUUAGAAAAGACGAGUUUAAAGCAGUGUUGGUUUGUUGUUGAUUGUCGUGUGGCUGGCUGUGCUGACAAUGAUGGUAUUCUCUCCCACCCCCAGGUCACCACCUAUUUGCACAAGGACUACAACAACCUGUGGAUUAUCAAGAAACAUAAUACAAACUCAGAUCCUCUAGACCCUUCAUUCCCAGUGGAGUUUGUAAGACAUGGAGACAUCAUUAGACUAGAACAUAAAGAGACUUCUCGGAACUUGCACAGUCACUAUCAUGAGGCCCCUCUGACCCGGAAGCACUAUCAGGUCACGGGCUAUGGCAUAAAUGGGACAGGGGACUCAAAUGAUUUCUGGCGGAUUGAGGUUGUAAAUAGAAAAUUUGGAAACCGGAUCAAAGUGCUGAGAAGUCGAAUUCGCUUCAUUCAUCUGGUCACAGGUUGCGUCCUGGGCUCCUCGGGAAAGAUUCUGCCCAAGUGGGGCUGGGAGCAGAUGGAAGUGACUUGCACUCCAUACCUAAAGGAAACCCUCAACUCGGUCUGGAAUGUAGAGGACCAUAUCAAUCCCAAAUUGCCAAACAUCAGCCUGGACGUGCUGCAGCCCAGUUUUCCUGAGAUCUUGCUGGAGUCCCACAUGGUGAUGAUCCGGGGAAACAAUGGCCUCAAACCCAAGGACAAUGAAUUCACAUCCAAACCCUGGCACUGGCCUAUCAACUAUCAGGGCCUGCGCUUCUCAGGAAUCAAUGACACGGACUUCCGAGUGUAUCUGCUCGGCAACCCGGUGGUUUGGUGGCUGAACCUGUUGAGCAUUGCCCUCUACCUGCUCUCCGGGAGCAUCAUUGCUGUAGCUGUGCAGAGAGGGGCGCACCUGUCUGCAGAGGUUGAAGGGCUGUCCCAGGUCCUGCUGCAAGGAGGCGGGCAGCUGCUGCUUGGCUGGGUGCUCCAUUACUUCCCGUUCUUCCUGAUGGGCCGGGUCCUCUACUUCCACCAUUACUUCCCAGCCAUGCUCUUCUCCAGCAUGUUGACAGGCCUUCUCUGGGACACACUGCUGCGGCUCUGUGCCUGGAGCCUGGCUUCCUCGGCUCUGGCCGGCGGCAUCCAUGUGGCGGGAGUCCUCAGCCUGCUCCUGGUUGCUGCCUACAGCUUCUACCUCUUCCACCCUCUCGCCUAUGGGAUGGUUGGUCCCCUAGCCCAGGAUCCCCGAAGUCCGAUGGCAGGACUAAGGUGGCUGGAAUCAUGGGACUUUUGAAGCCACUGCAAGGACUCCAGCCUCAACCCAGGAACUUCCUGGGAACAGCCUGCUGUGGAGCCAGUCCCUGGGCCCGCCCCGCUGUGGAGGAAGCUGCCUGAGGAGCCUGAGGAAUCCUGUUGCCUGCCAGGACCAAGCCCUGGGAGCAUACCCAGACUUGAACAACACUAGAGAGAGCCACAGCUCUGUCUGCAGAGAUCCCACCGCUGAGGAUGGCUCAGCCACAGAGGACAACAUCUCAGGCCCAGUUCCCCAAGUGUGCACCAUAAGGAAGCAUGAGUGUGUGAGAGAGUGGGUGGGAGUGCCGGAGUGUGAGGGGACAUUUGUCCGUAUGCCUGUGGAAUAUAGACUGUGACUGUGAACAGCUGCGUGUCAUAAACUCUAAGAAAUAGUCCAGGGCUACAGUAGUAUUUUCUGGUAUUUCUUUCACACUGGAUUUGGUUCGUAAGUCAGGCUCAGCAACAAUUCUCUGACCUCCAGGAGGGCUGAGAGUGCUGACCCCAUCACCAAGGGAAGGGCACAGCUGUGCUGCCCCUCUGCUCACAAACUAGCAAUUACAGCUGAGUGCCCACCUGGCUGCUGCUGGGAAGUCUGCUGUGGGGCAGCAGGUGGCUGGACUUCCUGCCUGCCACGUGCACGGAAGACUGGGCUCCACAGUCCUUGGUUCCUUGCUGUCUGAGAAUGUCACACGAUGAGAUUGGUGGGGGGAAUGGUAUCCUAUUUGUGGCUGCUCUGUGUUCCCAGGCCCUGGGUGCCAGAGGCGGCUUCUUACAGCCCAUCUCUUCCUCCUGCAUCUGGCCUGGCUGUGCAGACAGAACAGGUUUAUUACUAUUCUCCGGACGGCCUUGGCCCCUUGCUUAGCAGCCGACUUAGAUGUGCCGCAGAGCAGGGGUCUUUGUGCUGCUGGGCUGGGGUCCCAGUGUGAGCUGGUGCUCCAGCACUUGUGAAGUACUCCCCAUUUUUGCUUCUCUAGUCCUCCCCUGCUGACUUCCCCUUUCACUCCAUUUCAUUUCCCUUUCUCUGUGUCAGUUUCACCAAUCUCUUUGUCCCCAAAGUCCCAGAGCUUCUAGAAAUGCAUUAAAGCUUCUGCUCUGUAUUACUCUGAAGCCCAAGCAAGAAGCUCAGAGCUGUGUCUUCCACUUCCUCCCCAAAUGAAACAGAUGAAGAGAACCCUUGGGUCACAACCCAGUCAACCCAAGGCCAGCCCUUCAGCCUGCCCCCCUCGUCCAAGCGAUGGCAGAACACUUGUUUUGUCUCAGAGGACUGUGAUGCUUCAAGGUUAAUGAUGCGUCUCUGCCACACUCCAUCUUCCGUCCUCUGACAGGGUCACAGCUCUUUAGAGCAUCUUCAGGAGGCAGUUGCCACGGAGACUGGAGAUUGGUCCCAGGGACAGGCUGUGCUCCCUACUGGGUGGUGGGGAGGGAAGCUUCUGGCCACACUUGGAUGUUCAGACCAACCAUCAUUAAUGUUAAUAGAGGAAAUACAGCGACAUCAAAAGCAAGGCAGGUUUGUUAAUUAGAUCUGGGGCCCGAUGACCUCUGUCCCCCUGGGCUGCAGCCCUUUUGACUCCCCCCAGCAGGAAGUGCUGCCGAAGUGCUGAGUCUGGGCUGCUUGAUCAAUUGCAUUUCUGGAAGGGAAGGAGAGCAGGGAUGGAGAACCUCUGCUCACCCCUUCCUCCCGACCACUGCCGCCCCUCCUCCCUGCAGAGGAAGCUGGUUUCUUCUGAGCUGGUUGGGGGCAGCCCUCCGGGUGGGCUGUUCUGGAGGUAGAAUGCAGGAAUCUGUGCUUGGCUCUUAGCAAAGAACAGUGGCCCACAAUGACAACCAGGAGGUGGCUGAUGUUCCCUUGUGCCCUGUAUUUCCUAAUAGGAACUCAUUGAAAGGGAGGAGCCCUGAAGGAGACAGAGGGCAGCCACUCUGAGUGCGGGUGAGGCAGGAGAGAUAUGAGGCAGCUUUCUGUCUGUCUCUCCCUGCUAAUUUGGCCACACUGGGGACAAAGGGUUCCUCUGUCCCCUCCAUUGCUCUCCAAGGAUGGGAGAAGGAGACUGGUCUGCCCAUUCACUCUUCCUCCUUUCUGCCAGACUGAUAGGUACUUCUCUGGGGACCAGGCUACGUAGGUUGAUGCAGCUUCAAGUGCUCAGGGUCUGUUGUUGGAAGAUGCUGGGGAGAGGGGCUGUCAGCGUGGUGCUUUGAAUAUGGGCCCCAGCGCCCAGGAAUUGGCAGAACUGUGACAGGCCCCACAAACUCGCUGGUGGAGGAAGAAGACAUUUGUUAGUCCACACUCCAGUCAGCUUCUUGAGCCACAUUUUAUAUUAAAAAAAAAAGUUUCCACAGAUGAUCAGAGGCCAUUUACUUUUGUAAUAAAUAGCUCUUAUUUUGAA